UCAUUCACCACUUCGGAUGGCAUUAAACUUUGAACUUCCCUAUUGUGAAAUAUGGUUCAAACGCCGCACAAGUCAGCCACAGCCCUAGACGCCCCAGACUAACCAUUUCCUGGACGUCCUCCCAUUUCUAGGAUGCCCUCAAAAAAGUCUCGAAAGAAAAACAGGUCCACCUACAAACCGGCAUGCCACCAAGUUGAACACUCGGGGAUAUCCAAAUCCAUACACAUGUUCAGUGCAAACCCGAUGCUCAUGGCAUUCCUUAAAGUUGCUAUAGCCUACGACUAUGACCUGUUUGACAAUCCCCAGAUCGGAUUUGACAUGCCAUUCGUGGCACGUGUUGACAUUGCAAUGGAACCCAGUGAUAUCUUUGAUUUCAUUGGAUUAUAUUUCAAUGACGAGGCAGCUGGGAAGAAGCUUCAAGGGAUGUUGCAAGUUAAUGCCCUCACUCCGUGGCGCCCAAGCACGCAAGGUCACCUCACGCCACAGCAGCUACAGAUAUGGCGCGAGGCUCGGGCACAGUGUAACGCAACAGGUUUCACCAGAUAUUCCGUAGGACUUGUAGAGUUCAUUAGCUAUGGUUAUACAGAGGACUUAGGGAUCUCGGUAACCACUGCGUUGCUCAUCCCUGAUGUUGUGAUGGAUAAUGCAAGAAAUGACAAGCCCUUCUUCAUGGGUAUUCCUUUCGCGCGCAUGCUUUUCAAUGGACCCAUCAGCACUGCGCAAUGUCUAGAGCGUCUCAAUUUGUAUAUUCGGGUGGAUGGGCGGAAUCAGUUUUAUUUGCGGGAUAAGAUGACACAAGAAGACAAGGAAAUCAUUCGCGCUGCAGGUCGCAAUGAGGAUACACUUCCGGCUCGUAUCCUCAGAAAGAAGAUGGAAAGAGAAAGCCUCUAUGCUAAUGUUGUCAUGCAAAAUGGACAAGUGUGAGUGAAAUUUUUCAAUUUCUCGUUCUGUACUGAUUCAUCACGACCCUCCGGGAAACACAGGACCCGUUAUCUCUUUUACUUUUUCCUUGUCUUUCUUCUUGGCUGUUUGUUCUGGGUUGUCGCUACAUAAUUUUUCCCCAUUCGCCACUUAUGAUAUUCAAACGAUUUUUUCUGUCUUCUCGGUGCACCCGCUAUGUCAGAC